ACCCAUUCGGAACAACAAACAUGUGGUUCCAGAAAAUAAUCAACGUCGCUCUUCAGGCACCCGUGUUAACAGUUCUUCUUCUAAUCCCCUACACUAUCUCCGCGCCAUUAAUCCCUCAGGAUCCUUCCCAAGUAAACACUUGGUUCAAUUCCGUUGUGACACCGUCUACGGACAGGACUAGCAGCCUGGACCUUGCCCUGGUGACAGCCGAGGCGGCAGCUAAUGUUAUAACGGUGAGUAAAGAUGGCAGUGGAGAUUUUGGUACGGUAGCAGAUGCAAUUGCCAACGUGCCGGAGGGGAAUACACUUCGUACGAUAAUCAAGAUUGGACCCGGGACAUAUUUCGAGAAAAUCACAAUUGAUCAAAACAAGCCGUUUAUUACGUUAUAUGGCUCGCCGAAUGCCGUUCCGACUUUGAUGUACAAUGGCACAGCAGCGACGUUCGGAACUUAUAACAGCGCCACCCUCAUUGUCCUCUCGGAUUACUUCGUAGCCGCCAACAUCAUUAUAGCGAAUUCGGCACCGAUGCCAGACGGGAAAAGGCAGGGAGCACAGGCGGUGGCUUUGAGGACGGCCGGAGACAAACAGGCUUUUUAUAACUGUACGAUCGUGGGUUACCAGGACACACUGUUGGAUGACAGUGGCAAUCAUUUCUUCAAGGAUUGUUACGUCCAAGGAACCGUUGACUUCAUCUUCGGAAAUGGGAAGUCUCUCUACUUGGGUACAGAGUUGCAUGUGGUGAAGGAUGGCGGAGUGAUAACAGCACAGGGAAGGGAGUCAUUAAGCGAUGAGAGCCAAGGCUACUCGUUUGUGCAUUGCAAAAUAACAGGGAGUAAGAAAGGGGCGUACUUGGGGAGGGCGUGGAAGCCAAGCCCGCUGGUUGUUUUUGCUUAUACCACCAUGGGAAAAGUCGUUAACUCUGCUGGAUGGUCUGAUAAUUCCCACCCAGAGCGUGACAAGACAGUAUUUUUCGGUGAAUACAAGUGCAGGGGACCCGGUUCAAGCCUGAGAAAGCGGGUCAAGUACACGAAGAAGCUAGACGACGAGUCAGCAAUGCGUUUCAUAAGUCUUGACUUCAUUAAUGCCACCACAUGGUUACUUCCAGUUCCAACACUUUAAUUCAUUUUUCUUUUGCUCGUACACUGGUGUAAGGAAAAUGGAGAAUUAAUCAAUUGGAUUAGUACCA